AAGAGAUUGUGUAUUUGAAUGUAUCGCCUCUAGUGAAGCUUCAACAACGACGAGGAAGAGCAGCUCUGCAGCCUUCAGCGUUAUUAGCAUCACUUUCAGCUUUGGUCAUCUUGGAGCCGAGAAGCAGCCGGAGGAAGUCGAAAAACUUUAAGCAGCUUAAGGGAUUUUUUUGGGAUCAGAUAAGAGGAGCAUAUCAGUGAAACUGAGGAGCAAAGAUGAACCAAACAGCGUCCGUGUCUCAUCAGAUUGAGUGUCAGCCAGUCAAGGAUUCCAAGGAGUUUGUGGACGUCAGCCCCCCGCAGAGGAACUGGAAAGGCAUCGCCAUCUCCCUGCUGGUGAUCGUGGCGGUCUGCUCGCUCAUCACCAUGUCUGUGGUCGUCCUCACGCCUGCGGAGCUCCCCGGCAGCAGCAAGUCCAGGCUGACUGUGGCCGAUCUGUACAAACCGGAGUUCACCGUCCACGACCCAGAGGCCACGUGGGUCAGCGAUUCAGAGGUGGUGUACAGGAACCGGGACGGUCACGUCAUCAAGUUCAACUUCGCCUCCAACGAGACAGAAGUCAUUCUGACCAACAGCACGUUUGUGGCCUUCAAGGUGGUAAAGUACUCGCUCUCUGCAGAUCUGAAGUACGCGCUCUUCGCCUACGAUGUCAAACAGAUGUACAGAUAUUCAUACACGGCGUCUUACAUCGUUUACAACAUCUACACCAGGGAGGUAUGGGAGCUAAACCCUCCGGAGGUUCACAACGCGGUGCUCCAACACGCAGCUUGGGGAAGACAAGGCCAACAGCUGAUCUACAUCUUUGAGAAUAACAUCUACUACCAGUCUGAUGUGAACAGCAACUCUCUGAGAAUCACCUCCUCUGGGAUGGAGGGAGUCAUCUUCAACGGACUGGCCGACUGGUUGUACGAAGAGGAGAUUCUGCGUUCCCACUUGGCUCACUGGUGGUCGCCUGACGGAGAGCGACUGGCUUUCCUCACCAUCAAUGACACCCUGGUACCCAACAUGGUUCUGCCCCAGUUCACCGGCAACACCUAUCCCAAAGGACUACAGUACCCAUAUCCUAUGGCCGGUCAGAGAAACCCUGCCGUCAAGUUGUCGGUGGUCAACCUGUUCGGAGCGACACACACUCAAGAACUGCAGCCUCCAGAUCAGCUCAGGCUCAGCGAUUUCUACGUCACCAUGGUGAAGUGGCUCGGUAAUACUCACCUGGCAGUGCGGUGGGUCAACCGGCCCCAGAAUGCAUCAGUGCUGACGGUGUGUGACGCCACCAUAGCAGUCUGUCUUCAGAGACAUGAGGACUCUUCAGAGACGUGGCUCUCCAUGCAGGGACAGGAGCCGCUGUUCUCCAAGGACAGGAGCAGGUUUUUCCUCACUCUGCCCGUGAAACAAGGCGGUCACGGAGAUUUCCACCACAUCACAAUGUUCUCCAAGAAGUUACGAAGUGACCACGACGAAGUUCGACACUUAACGUCAGGAGACUGGGAGGUGACAAAAAUUGCCGCUUACGAUGAAAACAACCAGAUCAUAUACUUUCUGAGCACAGAGGACUCUGCACAACAAAGACAUUUAUACAGUGUGUCCACCCUCGGCCUGUUUCCACAACGAUGUCUCACCUGCGGACUCAAGGAAGAGUGUUCGUUCUUUGACGCCAACGUCAACCCCGAUGCACAGCACGCCCUGCACUGCAAAGGUCCUGGAGUUCCAGCUGUGCUGCUUCUCAGUUUCGAUGAUGUGGACUCAUAUUUCAUCUUAGAGAACAACCUUCCUCUGCGGUCGGCUCUGGAGACCAAAAAGAUGAUUCAGACUGAAAUCCGGAUGAUCACAAACGACAACUUUGAGCUGCCUCUGAAGCUCAUCUAUCCUCCUGACUUCUCUGAGUCCUACCUGUACGGCCUUCUUCUUAUUGUUGGCAGCUCCCUGGGCGCACAGGCGGCGACGGAGGAGUUUGGGCUGGACUGGGCCUCUGUGCUGGCGGGGUCCGAGCAGGUCAUCGUAGCUCGGCUCGACGGCAGAGGCUCUGGGUUCAGAGGACAGAGGGUUUUACAGCAGGUCCAUCAGAGGCUCGGCACGGUGGACGCAGAGGACCAGACAGCAGCUGUGGAAUACCUGGCGGAUCUGCCGUUCGUCGAUCGCACCCGUGUCGGAGUCUUCGGAGAGGACUACGGCGGCUUCCUCGCACUGACGCUGCUGAAGUCGACUGAGAAGCUGAUCAGAUGUGCUGCGGUGCAGGCUCCUGUCACCGACUGGUCCAUGUACGCCUCUGCCUUCUCCGAGAGAUACCUCGGCUCACCUUCAACUGAGAAGAACAGAUACCAAGCAUCCAGAGUUGUCACCAACAUGAAAGGUCUGCAGGGAGGAACUCUGUUUCUGGCUCACGGCACCGCAGACGCAAACGUUCACUUUCAGCACUCAGCGGAGCUCAUCAGACACUUGAUAAAGAUCGGAGCCAACUAUACUAUGCAGAUCUACCCAGACGAGGGACACUUCCUGUCAAGACGCAGCCGGAUCCAGCUGACUCACUCCCUGAAUGGUUAUUUUAGAGGAUGUCUGCUUGACGCAUCAUCAUUACUCGACCAACAACAACGGGACGACGAGUGAGAGGAAACGUGGUCAUUAUUACUGGACCGUGUGUCUUUAUGAGUCGAUGUGCCCCUGCUUGACUGUGUGUGUGUGUGUGUGUGUGUGUGUGUGUGUGUGUGUGUGUGUGUGUGUGUGUGUGUGUGUGUGUGUGUGUGUGUGUGUGUGUGUGUGUGUGUGUGUGUGUGUGUUUUAUACCUGUAGAACAACAUUUGAUGGACAAAACAAGCUUCUUCCCAACAUAUCAGAUAUAGUUUCUAUCGCUCAUCACCUCAGUAGAAUAUAGCUCCUACAGUCGGCUACCAUGAUGCAAACAGGUCAUUCAGAGAGAUAUCCCCUCUCUCUCACUGACAGAACAGACAAAAUGUUUAAUUUUUUUUUUGGUGUCAUGGCAAGAUUUGCAAACUAUACAAAAUGUGUGGGAAGUUUGGAGGAGGUGAUAAAAUGACUUUCUUUAUGAAGCCAACCUACACUCUAAAAACCAUGACAGGCUUCUGUCUGCACAGUCUCCGCAAAACAUUUUGUGAAAUUAGCACACAUUUUUACGUGUUAUUUGUAGGCCUUCUUUCUAUGUAAAGGUGUGAUAACUGCAGCUUCAAAUCUUAAAGUAUUUCUGUACAACAUUAAAUAUUCAUUAGCAAAAAUCUAAAUUAAAGUUUGACAACCUUUAUUAUCGUAUAUAGUAUAGCACCUUUCAAAGGCUGGAGCAAUUUAAAGUACUUUAAAGAUGACUCACAAGCUGAUUAUAAGACCGAAGUAAGCAAUUUGAGACUUGAAAUAUGAUGAAAAUGUAAUAAACAAUAAAAUAGAUAUGUAUUUAAAUAACAAAACAAAUACUAGAGAGUAAAACAUUAUUACAAUCAAAUAAAUUAUUAAAUAAAAUAAUGACUCAAAAAAUAAAUGAGUCAAAUGUUGCUCAAUCCUGAUUGGUGCACAGAAAUGUGUUACAUCCCAACUGAGCCCCGCCCAUUUCAAACUAGUGAGAAAAGCACAAAAAUGUGAAGUAACACAAACUUUUCUGACUUUUAACAGGCAAUUUGUGGUGUUUUUCAUAAAUUACCCAUUUUCUUACGAUUUCAAAUCGUAAGAAAAAGAUAGCGCUGCAGCGCUAUCCUAUUGCGUGCAGAGGGAAUUUGAAAGACAACCGUUUAUCCCGCCCCUCGGAUUGAGCCCUGCCAAUGGUGAGUUCCCAGACCUCAACAUCUGGAUGUGGGUCUGGCUUGUCAGGCUACCAAUCUGGUCCAUCCGUGGGACAUGAAACCAAUUUAAAAAGGCACAUUUAUGACAUCAUUGAUCCUCCAAAGCUUCCUGUAUAGGAAAAGACUAUACAUUAAUUUUAAAGAACAACGGAACAUGACAAAGCCUGACAGCGUCAUGGCAACAUCUCUUAUUGCUAAAACUUCAUCUGAAAGGGAUUAACUUGCAGGGAAACCUAAUACGUCGUGUGUAAGCAAUCAAAAAGCAGACACCGUUCACUCAGCAUCAGUCAUGUUAGGUCCUGGAUAUUUAUGUUGGCAUGGUUACCUGUUUUACAAAUAAGGUUACAGAUUUUGAAGUCAUUAAGCCUUUAAUCAGACAGCAAGAGUGCUAAACAGAUGGACAGUACUUAUUUAUUACACUGUCUCCUUGUCAGUAUAUUACCUGAGAUUUAGUUAUUUUAUUAUUUACCGUGUCACAACAAUUUUCUUUUGAUAUAUAAUUAAAAAAAAAAUUCUAAAUAUUGAGCUUAAAGGGGCAAUAAGUGCAGUUGUUCUCUUCCCAUAGCACAUAUGGCUCACUACAUAGAUAUUUAUAGAACAUUAUAUCUCUGGCUCACCAUCUAUCUGCAGCAGCUUCAUACUCUUUAUCUGGCCUCUUUCUGUUUGGACCUUUUAUCUUCACACAAAUCUGCAGCUGGUUUAUUGCAGUUUUUUUAACAUGACGAUAAACUGUGUAACCUUGUUACAAGGAGUUUGCAUUGAAUUCCUGCUGUAAUGUCAUUAAAUAGCUGCAGGGUAUAUUUUCUAUGGUUUUAUAUUUUCUACUGGUUGCCAUAACAGUCUUACGUAAACCGCCUGAUGUUCCUUCAAAUCCUUGGCUGAUAGAACAUACUAAUAUUAUUUUUGUUUUGUAAACUUGAUUUGGAGGAACUCAUGUCCUAAUUUAUUCGUUAGAAUUCAUCUGGAUGAAUUAUUUCAAGUGCAGUUGCCCUUCACUUGUGCAUUUCCAGCUGCUAAAAAUGUGGCUUUUGUUUAGAAACACUCCCAUUUGAUAGUGUUAUACAUAAAGCAUUGUAAUUAAAAGGCAUCUUAAGUGUUACGGGCAACACAGUGCCAUAGCAAGAGAGCCUUCCUCACUGUGAUUAUGCAGACAAUUACUGUCGGCCAUGAAUCACAGUGAGGAAGGUCCUCAGUGCUGUCAUAGCUUUUAGAGGAGCCAACAUGUGCUCAGUGUCUAGAGUUUCAUUUCCAAACUGCUAUUAACACGUGAGGAGAAAAACAUCCGUUAAUCUCAAAUUGUGAUAAUCCCCUACAUUGCAUGGCUAUUGGUUGUUAUGCCAACCUGUCGGUAGCCUUGGAUACAGCUACUCUCGGGCUGGUGAUGCAACAUCUUCAACGUCGUGUGCCAGCUUAACAGCAAAAGAGCCACCUGCUGAACAGUCCCGCUGCCUGUGCUCUGUAACAGUCGAGUCCAGUUUAAAGAAACCGUGUGUGAAGUCAUGGUUAUUGUUUUGAAUGGGGUUUUUACUGUGAGUUUAACUUGAUUUAUUGAUUUUCUGGGUGGGAAACAUUGUGGGUGAGGGGUGAAUAGAGAAAAAGUUAUUGUAUUUUUUGGCUGUUUUAAUAUUAAAGAAACAUGAAUGAGC